AUGCAGCUGGUGCAGGUGGGGGAGAGAUACCUGAGGCCGGGAGCCGUGCCGGUGUCCCCGCAGCCCGUGAUGAUCCUGCAGCAGCUCCCAGGGCCCGGGGCUGUCCUGGCCCCCCCCGCGGGACCCCCGCCCGUCCGGGGAGAUUUAAUCGAGUUGAUGAUGAUUCAAAACUCCCAAAUGCACCAGGUGCUGAUGAACAGCCUGGCUGUGUCGGCACUGACGUCCUUCGGCUUUGGCCCAGCCACUGCCCAGGCACUGGCGAUGCCUUUGCAGACCGAGGAGGAGGAGGAGGAGGAGGAGGCUGUGGUUUUCCACCAUCACUACAUCCCCUACCCGGGUCCUGUUCCCGUCCCGCCGGGGCUGGACCCGGGGCGGGGUCGGGGUCGGGGGGCUGUGCGGUUCCUGGGCUCGCUGGCUGAGGAUGAGGGCAGUGCAGUGCCCCCUCCUCCACCCCCCAGUGCCACGGGGACAGUGGGACCCAACAUCCCGCCAGCAUCAGAGUACUACAGUGUGCUGGAGGAGAGGCUGUGA